AUGCCUUCGCAGCAAGCAGUCCUACACAUAAACUUCGACUCGAAGACACCAACAACAGCCUCGAGGAACUCGUCGAUUCCGAACACGCCUUUGGUGCCUGAGAUCCCAGCACGAUACAAAUUCCCCCACCACGAGGACAGACACUCUGAGAAGAGUAUGCCCGUCGACAAUGAGAAAACAGCAAGCUACGGCAUAGAAACACCGCCAGAACCUCAUGAUCUUCCCGGGCCUCCUGGAGGACAUGGAGGAAUCAGGAUGACACGCAGUCAAGAAGUCCUCUUUGUUGCGACUGUCUCGAUGGCACACUUCAUGAUCCAAUGCGCCAUCGGCAUUGCAUUGGCACCAAUCGACACCAUCGCAGUAGACCUGCAGACCAGGAAUCCCGGAGAGCAGAGCUGGUUCAUCUCGUCGUACGCUCUAACGGUUGGCACGUUCAUCCUCAUUGCCGGACGAGCCGGCGACAUUAUGGGCCACAAGCGUAUCUUUAUCUUCGGCUACGCCUAUUUAGGGUUCUGGAGCACGCUAGCAGGAUUCGCCGUAUACCCCCGGUCGCAGAUAUUUUUUGACUUCUGCCGUGCUCAACAGGGCGUUGGGUCUGCACUUCUCAUGCCUAACGCACUGGCUUUGCUUGGUCGGUCGUAUGCGCCAGGUCCUCGCAAAAACAUCAUCUUCAGCAUCUUUGGUGCCAGUGCCCCAUUCGGCGCGACCAUUGGCAACAUUUUUGGGAGCAUCUUUGGCCAACUGCUGUGGUGGCCAUGGGGCUUCUGGGCAUAUGCCAUGGCUGCCUUCGGGCUCGCAGCUGUCUCUCUCAUCGUCAUUCCGAAGCCGUUGUCUGCUCUUCCUCCGCACCGCCCUAGUUUCGACUGGACCGGUUCCAUCCUUGGCGUUCUCGGCCUCGUCCUCGUGAAUAUCGCCUUCAACAACGGGCCUCUCUACGGCUGGGAGAAGCCACACGUCUUCGUACUCUUGAUCGUCGGUGUCCUCAUCCUCGCCGCCUUCUUCUUCGUCGAGAUGCGCGCAAGCAACCCGCUGCUGCCCAAGUCGGCGCUGAACAGCACGGUGAUGUACAUUCUCACGUGCCUGGCGCUCGGCUGGGGCGCUUUUGGCGUCUGGGUCUUCUACACGUUCCGGUUCCUUGAAGUGGUGCGGCAACAAACGCCACUGCUUGUAUCGGCCGAGUUCGUUCCGGUCAUCUUUGCGGCAGUCAUCGCCUCGGGCGUAACGGGUUACAUGCUCAGCCACACGCCUGUCAGCUUUGUUAUGCUGUGUGCCAUGGUGGGCUUUUUCCUCGGCAUCGUCCUUGUCGGCACCAUGCCCAUCGACCAGUCGUACUGGGGGCAAACCUUCUUCGGCAUCCUGGUCAUGCCGAUUGGCAUGGACAUGUCAUUCCCGGCGUCGACGGUCAUCCUGAGCAACAGCAUGCCUGGGACCCAUCAGGGCUUGGCAGCGGCGCUAGUAACGACGGUCAUCAACUACAGCGUCAGCAUCACGCUGGGCAUUGCGGCACUUGUCGAGGUGAAGAGUAUCGCGCCGACGCCCGGCGUGUUGCUCAGCAUCGAAGACGUCGCUCACGGAAUGCACAUGGCGUACCUGGUCGGGAUCUCGUUCGGGGCUGCUGCGGUCAUCCUGGCAGCUGUUUUCUUCGUAAGAAGCUACAAGAGGGAAGGUUGGCAGGUCAUGGCACAUUGA